AUGUCGACUCAUCACCCCAGUUUUGGUACUUCUAGUGGAAUAGGCAGUGUAUUCAAAUCACUAACCAAAUCAUUCAAGCAAACUUCGACCAAAAAUGUGCCAGUCUCGAUCAAUCCCGUUGUUGUUGGCGGGGAUGAAAACCUCCAGCACUUGAUAAACCAGAUCAUCUCCAAAUCGUCGUCGUCGAGCUCGCAACUCAAGGCCUUGCGCAUGCUUACAAGGUCCAUCCAGAAAUACUCCAUCUCGUCCGUGCAGGAGAUAUGGUACAUUGUGCGGCACUUUUGCGAUAUCAAGCAACCGCCCGAGAUCCGAAGGCAGGCCCUUCAACUUUGCAUCGCGUGUAUGGAAAAGGACGACAACUCAGUAGGGACAAAGACGAGGUAUUUCGUUGACAUCUACAACUAUUGCCGCCUUCUGGACUCAGACUCGGACUUCGACCCCGAUUUCGACUUGUUCUUGCUGGCGAUGGCAAAACUCACCCACGGAGGCACCGAUAUACACGACUUGAUCAUUUUGGAAGAUGCCGGCAAUUUUCUCAAAUGGAUCGACACGAUCUUGAUAGUCAUCUGCAGGAUGCUGGAGCAAGGCAAACUAGACGAUGCGCAAACCAGUAAGAAUAAACUUGAAAACCUUGAGCAAGCCGAACGUGCCCUAAAUUUCAUCAACGAGUGCAUCAUUCAAAGUGCACCUGUCCUCGGUGACCGGGCUUGCAAUGGCAUUGCCGAUAAGCUAGUCAAGUUUAAAAUCGACACCAAGAACGACACCAAAAACAACAACAACGAUAGCAGCAGUAGUACAAUAAAUGCAUGCGUGGUGGAUAUCAUCUUUACAAUUUCAAAAAACUGUCUUGUUGAGUCCCAGGUGAAGUUGCAGGUGCUUCGGUACUUUUGCACCCUUUACGGCCAGUGCCAAUCUCGGCACGAUAGUCUCGCAAAGCGUAUAGUAGAGGCUGUUGAAUUCUUGUGUCUUCAUCCGGGCCACACGUGUGUGCCGACUGUUCUCCUCGACCAAAUGGUCGACGCUGGUGCCAAUUGCCGGGUGGGCACUCCCAACUCGAAAGAUUUCUACUGCUGCCUGGGGUCCAUCUUCUUGACGCAGCAGUUGUACAUCAUGAUGGUUGUGCGGCGCGAGCAAAUGUUCAAACUACCGCACUUUCUGUAUUUAAAUGCGUUGAAACUGGUGUUGAUGCUCGGCCAUCCUCAAUUGAACAAAAAAAUCUUGCAAUCGUUGGCAAUGGCAUUCAAAAAGGAUGAGUACGAGACCAACUUUGGCGUCAGUCCCUUGCAGUCGAUGGAGCGCUUGUUUCCCUUUCAAGUAUGGUACGUGGAAGGGCAUUCCUUGUAUGAUGUGUUGAAACUCGUUAAAGUUGACGACGAAGAGGAUGCAAAAAACCUCACCACUCUUUGUGACUCGUUGAUACGAUUAUUUGAGUCCUCGGAGAUCUCCACACCUAGAGAUACGUUGAUCAAUUUUCUACUAGGCUGCAGUAAGCACUUGUCACAGAUGGCGGCCUUGUUUGUCUUGGAUAGCUGCGACGAGGACAAGCUGUGCUCGCUUCUAAACCCAUUGUGGAAGGAAGCUUCUUUCGACUUGCUCAACAAUUUCUACUACAGGAAAGAUUGUGUGUCAGUCCAGGUCAGGGUGAAAAGUAUUGAGGUUCUCAUUAACGCUCACGAGACUUCGCGAUUGGUUUAUGGCUCCGACCAGAUCAACCACGAAUUGCUCAUUGACGUGCUCCGGAAAUCAAUCGAUGAGAAAGAUGAGAAAGUGCUCGAAGUGCUUAGCAAAUUGACGUAUCUACUAUUCACCAAGGCUCCUGCAAAGACUUUUGAAAAACUCGUCACCAUUUUCAUCCCGCAGUUUGCGCCCAAGUCGCAAACGCCAAAGAAUGAGGUGCUCAUGUCAAGAGGGUUUGUCACGUCAGUCAACACACCCGUCACCUUGCCCCCGAAGAUGCUGAUGAUGCUGCUGAUGCUGGACUGUAGUGAGUUCCUUUGCCGGUUUGCAGAUUCGUUAUGUCGAGCUUUUGUCGAAGCAAACCCCGAGAGAUCCAAAAUGUGCUACGAUGCCAUCAUGAAAAUAGCAAACAAUUCUGUUGACGGCCAGGUCUUAUUGAUCAUCGCAAAAUGUCUAGUCAGACUUCGCGUUACCAAUGAAGACUACCUUUACUUCGUUCGACCAUCCGACAUGUCGGGCUUGGCUUCUGCAUUCAAGCGAGACUCGCCCGUCAAAAGUCCUGGACAAAUGUGGGCUUAUCCUGAAGAAGUGAGCUGUGUAACGGAGCAGUUUCUCGAUAAACCCCGGCAGUGUUUGAGAGUAGAAGGCAGAAACAUUUCCUCCAAAGUGCACAUAACGGGGGUACAAUACCUUGACAUUCGCAAGUGGUUCAAGAUUGUCUUGUUCAUCUUCGAAAACUUUGUUGAUUGGGAAGUGUAUUCAUACGUGUGGGCCCAUUUUUGUGCCCAGUUGAGUAACAUGCGUUUGUUCAUCAACUACGAUGCGGAAAUUGUAGCCCUCAAGUCCAUCGUUUGCAACCAGUUGAAAUUGAACUUGCCGAGUCAAUUGACAUUCCCCGCAAACGAAACAAUCACCAAGGGGGAUUUGCAAGUGGCGUUUGUCCGCACUUUUUCCGCUUUGAUUGGAUACCAUGACAAGUUUUCCAAAAACGACGAAGACGAAAUCAUCGACAGCUUGAUAUUCGGGUUGAGCUCUUGGGAUAAAACGGCUAUCCCGUGCAUCAACAUUCUCACCAUUUGCUGCUUUGAGAUCCCCUUGUCGGUUAAGAAGUUCUUGGGGCUCAUAUUGACCAAAUUGCAGACGCGAGUCACCAGUGUCAAUGCCAGUACGCACACGUUGGAGUUUUUGAUGGCAUUGAUCCAUCUCCCGAUUUUGACUUCGAGUUUCACCAUUGAAGAAUAUAAGCGGGUUUUCGGCAUUGCCAUCAAGUAUGUUGAGUACGCCCGGGAUAUGGAAUCGCGCAACGAUGAUGUUUCUUCUCAUCCUAAUUCUCCUCAUUCUCGAUCAAACGGGGUGCAGUUGCACGGAAUAGACGCGGUCGUGGAGAAUGCGCCACUGACGCGGCAGAGCAGCAGCGGGGUGUCCCCUAUUCUACUCCAAUAUAUCAAGUUGCUAUCGUACAAUGUCCUCUGCUCCUGGUUCUUGAGAAUUGAGAUGGGCAGCAGGAAAAAAGUCUCAGCCUUUUUGAUCAAGCUGUUGAUCUCAUGCGACGAGAAAGACGUCGACACCAACGGCUCGAAGAUGAUUAGCGACGAGUCGAUUGGCCUUUUGGAUUUUAUAACGAGAUUCACCUAUAGCGACUAUCCGCUUAAAUUUAUCAACUCGAGCUCGAGCUCAAGCAAGCGUUCGAAUGACGGGAUGGGUUCGUCCAGCAAGACGUCGUUGAACAGGUGGGUUGUUGGCACCUCUGUUGUUGCGAUCGAGACCGAUGUUCAUCUGGGCGACACCGAGAUCAUGAUACGGAAACCCACAGGUGUGAGUAGGCUUUUUGUGCAGCUUGAUCAUGGCAACAACGUUGGCAAGGAGGCAGCAGUGGGCCCGAACUACUAUCUUUUGCAGCUCUUUGACUCAAAGGUAAAACCCACGCCCAUCAUUGAGGACUCAACGAUACUUCGAGGCUUAUCUGUGCUCGAUCGUAUCCCCAGUGUGGAAUUUCACAAGGCAGGUAUCAUUUAUGUGGGCAAGGGCCAAACAACGGAAAAUGAGGUUUUGCUCAACAGAAUCGGCUCGGCUGACUACCAAGAGUUUUUGAGGAGUAUUGGGGACUUGACGGAAUUGGAGGGUAACAGGACGUUGUAUUGUGGCGGGUUGGAUACUGACAAUAAUGUCGACGGCAAAUAUACGCGAUUCUGGAGAGACCAGCUCACGCAAAUUGUGUUUCACAUUGCAACCAUGAUGGAAAUGAAGCAAGACCAGCAGCAGGUGGAGGCGGUGUCAAAGAAUGAGCCCCAGUUUCACGACGUUGCAGCUAGCAUAGAAAGACAAAAGCAAGUUGAUUUGAAAAAACGCCACAUUGGCAACAACUUUGUCAAUAUUUACUUUGACGAACUGGGCAGUCAAGAUUUCAACUUUAACUUGAUCAAGAGCCAGUUUAAUUUUUUAAACAUUGUCAUUUCACCAUGCACCGUCUCGCAAAAGUACGAUUCACCCGAUAUGUCAACUGGAGGACUGCCAGGCCACGUCCGAAAAUUUUUUAGGAUCAAGACUUAUAGACGAUCGGGCGUUCCAGCUGUUUUUUCAACAAGUCAUUUCAAGCUCGUGAGUCAAGACCAGUUGCCCACGAUUGUGAGGAACUUGGUGAUGUUGGCGGACCAAUUUGCCAAUGUGUGGCACAAUUCAUCUGGCGAGUUCAAGUAUACGUCUAACUGGGCGCAGAGAGUGAAGCAGUUGCGGAUCAUCAACACCAGGGCUUUGGCGAACUAUGAAAAGUUGAAAAAGGAUACUUUAGCCGAGAGCCAGGUUCUGAAAGCGAACCAAGCCUACAAGAACAAGCAAGACUUGACGCGGUCGUUUCUUGAACAGUUGGAUGGCAAUGCAUUGGCUGAUGACGAGGCUGAUAACCACGAAUUUGACUUUGACUUUGACUUUAAUUUAAACUUGAACUCCAACUUUUCCAAUCAGCCAGUACCUGGUCUCCAGAGAGAUGCGGAGAGGGGUCAGGAGGCUAAGGCAGAUUCCGACUUUCUGUCAUUAUACAACGCCGUCGAAUUCAAUUCUUUUACUUCAUGA